GUUAUAGGUUCAGUGUAGACACCAAAGUUUGUCAGUAUCGAGCUACAUGUCCUGCUGUUGCACUUGCUUUGCGUGACACCGACGAUGAUGGUCGCCAGCGCAUGCUCCAGCCUUCAGUCGCAGGGAAUACUCGGCGCAAAGCAACAACGUCUCGAAUCUUGCAUAUUCUUUGACAGUGCCCAGCAUCUCUUGCAGCUCCCAAAUUGGGGUACGUAGAUACGCCUGCGAAUAGAUAGAUCGCCGUCCCGUGCCUCGGUUAUUCUGACCGGCUAUGAGAUCACCGGUCCCGACUCCUCACCCAGCACCUACAUACAUAGGGCAUGGUGCCAGGAAUAAAGUCCCACCCCCUGUCUUAUCCCCACAACAGCUCCCCCAGACUCGCUCUCUAAAAAAAAGCCUGUCAUGUCUCAACCGAAGAUUACAUUCUAUGUAGACAUUGUGAGCCCGUUUGCCUACAUUGCUUUCCACGUCGUAAAGAAUUCGAAGGCCUUCAAACAGGUUGAGGUGCAAUAUGUGCCGAUUCUGCUGGGGGGUUUGAUGAAGGUCUGUGGGAACACACCGCCGUUAAAGAUUAAGAACAAAGACAAAUGGAUCAACACGGAGCGCCAGCGCUUGUCGAAACAGUUCAACGUGCCCAUCCUGCAAGAUGCUCCGCCUGGCUUCCCUGUCAACACAUUGCCCAUCCAGCGCGCCCUAGUAUCCCUCUCGCUCUCUCACCCGCAAAAGCUUGAACGCGCAAUAGAGCUCUGCUACGACAAUUUCUGGGCACACUGGAACGACCCGACUAAGCCGGAGAAUCUGCAGGCUAUCCUUGGGACUGUUUUGGGCAGUGACGAAGAGGCGCAAAAGGUGAUCGCGAGGACGAAGACCGAGGAGGUGAAGCAGGUUCUAGGCGGAAACACUACCAAGGCGUUUGAAGACGGCGCCUUUGGACUGCCAUGGUUUGUCGCUACCAAUGCGAGAGGAGAAACUGAGGGGUACUGGGGCGUCGAUCACAUGGGUCAGCUAUGUGACCAUUUGGGUCUGGAGAGGCCGUCUGGUAAGGAAUGGCGCUCAUUGCUGUAAGAAAAGCUUUACCAUCGGCCAACACGACCAUGCAUACAGUCCCGGAUUAUGUAUUCCACGACGAAUUCCAGUCGAUCACAACUACUGUCUCC